CGCACCAGCAGUAGUAGCGGCAGUAGCGGUAGCAGCAGCAGCAGCAGCAGCAGUACCACCGGCACCGGCAACCCCACCCCACUUGCCACUCGCCCAUCCACCCCUCAAUAUAACCCCGCUCACUCCAUCCGCCGCGACGACCGCAGACACAAAAACAAUAACAAAUCGAUUCGCGGCAGCAAUGGGAGCGGGGAGAAGGGGUCAGUGCGAGGGGUAGGACGACUGCUGGGGCCCCCGGCGCGCGAUAUGAGGGAGAGGGCACGCGCGUGCGAGACGGAGAAAGAAUGAGAGAGAGAGAUAAAGGAUGAAGCCGCCGAGGGGUGACGAGGAGGACGACCUCCCCUCGGUGGUACCUCUCCUCCUCCUCCUCGUCCCUCUCCUCCUAUUCCCCCGACCCCCGUAUCUCUUUCCCUCUUUCUGGAUAUUGUAUAGAGAACGUUAUGCUAAAGUAUGCAUGCACGAGGGUCGGUCCAAUGGUCAGGAAUCUCGCGAGUUCGUUCGCUCUACGGCGGCACGUAUCCAGACCCGGUAUUCGUUUCUUCUCGGCUCUGGUACUCGCGGAUCGCGAAAACGCCACGUCCUUUCUCGCGUUAUCGUUGCCCUCCGCAUCGUUAUCGUCAUCUCUUCGUCUUCUUCGGCAUUGUCGACGUCAUCAUGUGUGUAGCGUGGGAGGCGGUGCUAAGUCGCUACGCGCGUCAACUUCCAUUCGAUCGGUAAGGUGGAGAUCGGCCCGGUCUUGCGGCGACGAAAGGGAGCACUGGCGGGGGAUGAUUCCAGCGUAAUGACGAUCGGCCCGAAUUGUUGCGGUAGGCCACCAUCGGGGCGCCCCCUCCAAGAGAAGGGGGAACCUCCUCGAUAUUCUUGCGAUUUUCGCGCAAUUUUAUCCUGCUCUCUCUCUCUCUCUCUCUCUCUCAUUUGAGAGACGCGAUCCUCUUGCCGAUCUCGUGGCGUGAUAUUUGCGACUCGUUCGAACCUCGCGUUCACGAGAACAGACAUUUUCAUUUCUUCAAUGACUUUGAGGAACGAAUUAGAAUCUGCUUAAUUUGUUGCACCUUCGAAAUAUUAUAAAAACGCUGUAAAAAGAUUUUAAUUUGAAAAAAAUUAGAAUGAAUUUAAUUUUCUGUCGGAAUUAAGUAUCUCGAUUCGAUCUUGAGGGGUGAUUCGAAUCAUUGAACUCUGGUGAACACGUGCACAAAGUUAGAUGUCUUCGUUUGCCUCUCGAAAAGACACAUGUUCUCUCUGAAUAUCUCGUAACAUCGAACAUAUUGUUGGUGUUCGUUUUUCAUGAAAUAUUCCAAUCAAUAUUUUAUGUAAAUUAUAAGUAUCCCUCAAUGCGCAGCAUUGUUCAACCAGGCUUAUGAUUGUUUGAGUAAAAUAAUCUACGAGAAAAUAAUUCAAGAAUAGCUCUUGAAUUCGCGAGUUUCACAUUUGGAGCGAUACAAAUCGAACAAGAUAUAGAUCUGUAAGAGUAAUAUAGAUCUGUAUGUGUAGAGACAGCCUUAUAGAUGUGUAAUCACAUUGAAACGAAAGAAAUAUUCUAGGGCAAAGAAAAUCGAUGUGUUCUGGUUCACGUUUGAAGAUUGUACAUUUUUAGAAAAUAGCUAAGAGAGAAAAAUAAGAAGUUCUGGUAAAAAUUUUAAGGAGAUAAUUUCCUCUUCAUGUGAUACUUUGUAUGAUACUUUUUUUCUGUAUGGUUAUCUUCAUCUUUAGCACUAGUUUCAAUCUUGUAAUUCGAAAUCGAAUUACUGCCGCGAUAUAUCCAUAUAUCCAUCCUGAAGUCCUCGCGUAUUUCUGAAACAUUUCGUCUAACGUAUGAAUCUUUCAAAAGAUAUUCAAUUCAGUAAUUAUACAAUCAUUAUAAAUAUAUAUUUGGAGAAGUAAUAAAAAUACGUAAUGCGUAUAUGGGUUACAAAUGAGGUUGAUAUACAUGAACAUAUUCGAAUAUCUUUUGACGAUUAAAUUAAAUGCACGCAAAUUCGAUGAGAAGCGUUACAUAUAAAUAGUGAUUUUAUAUAUAAGUAACAAAUACUCGGUACGCCUGAAAAUUGCACGUAAGUAUUGAUUCGAGGGCCACCACUAAUCUCUCUCUUCUCGCCCCCUACCCUUCAUCCUUUUUAUACCGUGCAGUCCAUACAAACAUAAUGAGGCUCAAGCACCGUAUCCAAGCGAUUCGAUCUUUAUUAAGUUCAAUAUAUAUUUUUAACUUUGAAUUCAAAUAAUCCACGUGAUCAUGGAUGAUCCAAUAAUACCAAUAAAUAUAUAUCAAAUACUCAAGUCAAUCUUUAAAAACAAGUUUAUUUUAAACUCACGUGAAAUUAUAUUAAAAAAAAAGAAACCAAAUAAAUGACAGAUUUAUUUUAAUCGCGAAGACUCGAAUCAGCGAUCAAUUUCACUGAGACGAUAUAGUUAGAACAUAAGUGAAUAAAAUCCCCCAGCAUCCUGUCCCCUUUUGGGAAUGAUUCUAUUCGAAAAGAGAUAUUUUGAUGAAAAAAUAUGCUUUUGACGUAUAUAAUGGAAUAUGGGAUCUGGAGUCUUCACGUCGCGGGUGAACUUUGGGGUGACCCGCGUCUCGCCCGAAGGCAUCCGAUUCUGCCUUCCGGCGCGACGCAGAUCCUGCCAAGGGCUGCCUUCGCCCUGAGCGCCCUUCAUCGGCCCGAUAUGCUGCCGCUACCCUUGACGGCGGCGGGGCCACCCUAUGUCCCGAUGGAGUUGGUUACAAAACCUGCCUCCACUAAUGCCGAAGAUGCUGAGGAUACAGAAAAGAGCACAAACGCCGAAGAUGAAGAUCCUCAACGUGACGACAACGAAGGUAACAUCGAAAAGACCGAUCAAAACGAAAAUCAGACUUGCGUGCCAAAUGAAAGCAAUGACAAUGAAGAUGCCGGUGAAGAGAGCGACACUGGUAGCACCAAUAGCUCACAUCGAUCGGCAAACAACAAUUUGUCAAUCGCUAAACUCCCCGAUCCGAUGUCAUGCUUGGCCCUCGACAAGGAAGGAACGGUGACGCCUGUUCUGAACGGUUGGGUGUUAGGCGCUUACACGGCUAUGCUGGGCAGACUGUCUGCCGCCACUGCGGCACUAGAAGCAACGGAAGUUCCCAAUAUUCUCUCCGACAGUGAUUCCGAGAGCGAGCAUUCAUCGUAUACUGAAAAAUCGAGAGGCAGUAGUCCGAACGUAAGUAGCGUUCAUCGUGGCUACUCGUGUGGUUCCUGUGAUGUGGUGGCACCGACGAGACCAGCUCUAAGGAAGCACAUAGCUGAUUGCCAUCCUGCUCUGUCUGGCACGGAGACCGGGGAGACCAAGAGAUGUCCAUCCACAGGCUGUGACUUUACGACGAGCAGCAGGUGCGAGAUGGAGACUCACGUGGCAGCGCACGUGGCCCAGGGGAUGACACCUACGGGGAAGAAACGUUCACUGGCUUUGCAACGCGUCAGGUAUAGAUACGAGAGAGAAGAGUAUCGGUGCUCACUGUGCUCAUACGCGUGUACGAUCGAAAAGGCCUUUCAAAGACAUCUGCGAGCGCAUGCGAGAGGUUCCGCGCCGGAGACCAGGGUGAGCUGCGCCGUCUGCGGUGCCGAUCGAUCCUCCGAGGUCGAUCUCAGCAGGCAUAUGCGAAGGCAUCGUGAUGACCGAUAUUUCUGUUGCGAUAUCUGCAUCUUCCGAACGGUGCAACUAAAGAAGCUAAUACAGCAUCGUCGUAUGCAUACGGGCGAGAAACCGCAUCUAUGUCCGCACUGUGCCUAUCGAAGCGCACGCCGCGAUAACUUACGCAGCCAUGUACGGCGAGUGCAUAAAAAGGAGAAUCUCUAUUGUGACACCUUCAGCCCGCGCGGCAUGCUGAUAACCCCCUCACUGUUGGCCUCCUCGAGGGAUACUACCGAUAUUGACCUGAUACAGAGCCCGGCAUCCUCGCCGUCCUCAAAUCCGGAUACGACCAACUAGCGAAAAUGUCCCCGGAGAACAAUGAGAAGAGCAACGAUCCCGAGAGACCGUUGAAAAAGGAAAUUCGGGACUUGCGGGCCCUUUACACGUCCUCAUUUUGUCAAUACUGCGAUCUAGAUAUUAGAAUUUACAGGAAGGCUUGUACAAGUGCUGAACUUGGCAGACAAUUGGAGUAGGAUCAGAAUGAGAUAAAAAUUAAAUUCAAGUUGCAAAAGAUUGAAAAUUAUUUACAAUUUCAUGAAAAAAAGCAAAGAGUUAAGAUAACUGAGCUUGGAGAAAUAAAAUUGAUUGAAGAACACAUAUAAUGAAAAGAGAUUGUUCCAAAUCAGCAUCGGCAAGACUUCCCUUUUUAGACGUUAGGAAACGUAUAGAUUAUUGCAUGCGAACGUCGAUAAUUUAAUGUAAUUUUUGAAUUCUAACGAGAUCUUGUAUUAGCUAUGUAAACGUCCAAGUGUUACAUUAUGUAGCCGAUUCGAUGAAGUAUAGCGAUCGGUAGACCGCUCGUUCGCGUCGAUUUGUGAUGGCGAACGGGGAAAGCUGCAAAAUGGUGCUAGAAUCGUAGAUUGGAUCAUGGAGAAAGACUGAAAGUAGAAAUGAAUUCACGGCGCGACGUGACGUCCAUUUCUUUUACGCUCUUCCGCGCUGACCGUCGUGAUUAAAAAGAAAAAAAAAAAAAAAAAAGAAAAGAAAAAUUACAGUCCAGCGAAGUUUAAGACUGCAACUCUGUACUGUUCCGGGGAUUCUCGUGACUUUAUUGCUUCUCAUUAAUCGUUAUAAAUAUUAAAUUUAUUCUAUAUAUUUGAUUUUUCCAUUUGAAUUCUUUUGGAAUUUGUUUUAAUCUUAAUUAGUUGAUACAAAUUAAGUCUGUUUUAUUCUUGUUUUUAUUUUUUGAAGAUUAUCUUGUAAUCUUAUGGCCUAUUAUAAAAUCUAAAUAUAUAAAUUUUAUUUUUAGAACCAUAAGAGAAAAGGGGGAAGAUUAAAUAACGAUCAAUAUAUUUGUGCGCUUCUAUAGAUUUGAAAGAAAAGUUUGUAAUACUUGCGUGUGUAUUGAGGCGGAUGCACCGAGACUCGAUCGAAUCAGGCCAACGGUUAAUGAGAUCAAUAAAAGCAACGAGUCACGACACGACACGUUACGAGGACCCCGGUCGGGAUGGAAAGGUGCUAUUUUACGAAGAUUCAUUUUAAUGUUACGUAAUCUAGCAUAUAGUUCGCUCGCGCUGCAUGAAUCGCCACGCUGUAAGUAUAAUUGUUAAGUACUUGUUGAUACAGAUAUAUUGUUACGAUUAUACCUGAUUUAUCAUUAUUUUUAUUACUACUAUUAAGGACUGGUGAUGCAAGAAUGAUACACUAUUAUGAUUACGCAAGUACUACAAUGUAUCGUAUCGCACGAGAUGAAGCCUAAUUUAUUUCAUUUUGCAAAUAAUGGCAAGACUUCUCCAUAAAAUUUUUACAUCGAUAUAUUUAUUUUAUACUAUAUAUUUUUAAAUUUUACAUCAAAAGACCUAUUCGCUUUAUGUAAUACACACGUAGAAAAUUUUUUUUUUUUUAAACAAAAUAACAAAAUGAUCAUUAUUUGCAAAAUUCAUACUUAUUGGAUGCAUCCGUUUGUUAUCGAUACAAGUAUCUUGCAUACGCAUUUCUAUCUUUAGGAUCCAAGAUUAUCCCCGACGAUCGAUCACUUGCUUGUACGAGGGGAAGAAAGUGAACGGGAUCGAAUGGAAAUAUGUGUCAAUUUUUAAUGUAUCUCAUAAAAAUACGUUGUAGUCGAUACACGAUUUUUAACGGCGUCCGGCGUGAAAUGGCACAAAACGUUUCGUCCACCACGUCAUGCCACGAUGAUUCGUCAUUUGGUCGGAAAUGACAUUUUCGCGGAGAAUAUCAUUCUGCUAUAUAGACGCUAUAUUAUUAUAAAAUAUUGUAUUAAACUACAAGGUAUACGAUGAUGCGAGGUUGAAGCUGCAUAGGGCAUGAGAUUUCACUCUUCCGGCACAUUUUGACUUUACAUUCGAACACACUACAUCUGAAUUUGCAUUUAUUUAAUAUUAAGUAAUUUUUUUUUUUUUUAAUUGAAUUUAUUGUCUUUGUUACUUUUACGUUCAACAAUUGAAUUUUUACGAUCUCAUGUUAUCAUUGUCGAUAAUGAUCUAGAAAUAUCGCGAAUAAUGAGUAAUCAUUCCGUGCCAAGUAGUAUAAAUUUUGAAGUAAGCCGUAAUUACGAGCGAAUGUGAUUUAGAUUUUAAUUAAUUAUAUUACAUAAUUAUAUAUAUAUAUUAAAUAUUAAAUUAUAUUUUAUCUUUUAGGUAUAUAUGGAUGACUAUUAUAGUAGCCAAGAUUACGCGUGGAAAUCGAUGAAAAACAUUUAUUCCGGAUUAUAUUAUGAUAUAGGCCCGAAAGCAGAUGGUUUAACAUAUACCGGGUGUGCGCACUCGAUUCACUCGACUAUGCCGAACAAAAGAUCAUGAGUUAUACAUGCUGGUAUACGUGCUAUUUUGCUUUUGAUAUAUAUAUAGGUAUCGGGAUAUUUUGUAUUCGUAAAACGCAUUUACGACACUCCAUAAUACAGCGGGUUUCUCGAUGCGACUUUUUAUAUACAUGAUUUUACACAAAACGCUACCUUUGACUGCUGAAGAGGACGAUUUACUUUUUCCAUUUCUUCCGCGCAUAUCUACAAGUCGUUUCGGAGAUAUGCCGAACGUAUUAGCACAUUCAGAAUAUUUAUAUCGCAAAAUAGUUUAUCGUCGCGCGUUGCGACGCGCAUGAUUUAUCUAUAUCCAUAACGAAAGAGAUUUCUUGUUAAUUAUACGUCCGCAUUUAGCGUGACUGGCUCCGUCCGCCGUUAGUAUUUACUUGGAGUAAUUAUUUAUUUUUUAUUUCGGUCGAAAGAUCAUGGCACAACUCGAAUAAAGCGUUCUGUUCGUUGUACAUCAGGAAAGCCGUCGCGAAGUAUCUAUUUGUAAUAGAAAUAAAGAAAAGUUCCGCAGAACGGAUUUGCGAAAUAGGCGCGAAAUUUCGUGCGACUGACACGUUUUCUGACGUUUUCUCAUAAUUCGCGAAAACGUGGUUUUCCCGAUGAGCGUGCGCGCCUAACGAGAACACCUCAUUUUAUCGUAUCGUCCGAGCGAUUCAGUCUCAGGUGUUACCGAGAUUUAUUCGCAAUUAUAAUUACGAGCUCAUAACUGAUAAGCGCCGGCGCCAUGCCGAUAUUAC